AAACCCAACUUUCUCUUUCUCUGUUUCUGUCGCUGUUAUUAUUUCCUAACACUUACAAUAACGUCUCUUUCUCACACACCAGAAACCAUUGAAAAUGAGAGCAGGGGGAGAAGAAAAGAAAAAAAAACUGAAAAAGAAAAAGAGGUUUCUACUUUAGUUUCAAACGAGGUUAAUGUUAAAAGAGCUGGCUUUCAAGGGACAUGGAAAUCCUAGAGCAACCCUCAUCUCACAAUGUUUCACUUUCAACUGUAAUCUUAACCAGUCCUUGAAAAAUUCACGCGUUGUACUCCGGUUGGAUCGUGACCAUACGCUAAACAUUCGAGCGUGGUAAGACCAUUAAUUAGCAUUCCUCGACCUUCCACAAAUCUGGGUUUUCACUUCCCAAUCAGAGAAUCUCGAAAUGGAAGUUUGUUUAAUCCUUUCUGGUUUAUUCUUUUGAUCUUUUCCCAUUUAUUUUCCCAGUAGAAUGUCGUGUCUCAUUCCUUCUUCUUUCUGUAACCCGGGGAAGGGGAUGGAAGAGAAGAGUUGCUGGGUUUUUGUGGGGUUUAAUGUCAGUAUUUAACCAGAAAUCAAUGUUGAACUAAACUCCUGGAAUCGGUUCCAUUUUGGGGGUUUGAUGGUUUUCUCCGUGUAAAAGAAUGGAGGGUUUCUAAAAAACUCUUAUUUCUUCAAGCUCCCGUUGCAGUUCUGCUACUUUUUUGCCACUGUUUCUCUUCAUGGCGGAAGGAACGAAAGUUCGAGUGGUUCGUUGCCCUAAGUGCGAGAAUCUACUACCGGAGCUACCUGAUUACACGGUCUACCAAUGUGGUGGAUGUGGUGCUGUUCUUCGAGCGAAGAAACAAUCUUCCGCCACUGAUGGGUCACCGGAAAAAUCUGAUGAAGAGAGGAUUAAGCUUAGAGGGAAUUCCGGGAAACUGGAGCGAUUUUCUGACGACGGAGCAACCAAUUUGACUGAUACCUUGGGUACGGAUAAGGAGAGCGACGGCCCUGAACUUGAACACAGGAGGAGAAGGCCCAGAGUCCUGUCUGAAAGAGCAGCUAGCUCGAAUGGUACGUCUUCCUCCUCUUCUUCCAGUCCUGAAAAUAGGGAGGCUGUGAGUAAUAAUAACGGAGGAGGUAUUGAAACCAUGGUGGGAAAGGAACCCAAGUACAGGUAUCCGUCCAAAGCUCCGGCCGAGGACUGGGUCGUGGUGAAUGAUCAAGAGAUGAACUUGAAAAGGGACGAAUUGGCUAAAGCCCAGGUGGGGAAAGAAGCUGGUGUACCUAAAUCCCAAACUGCAAGUGACAGAAGGCCAUGGAGAUCCGAGCAAAUUCCUGAUAAGUGGAGCAGUGAGAGGGAGGGGUCGAUGGCGUUUCGGAGAACCCCCGAAGCCGUGGUUGAAGAUGCUAGAUUUUCGAUUCCUCGGUAUCCUGACGAAGGCCCAUCAAACUACCACAGGGGUUCUUCUUAUGGCUGUGGCGAGCCAAUAAAGAAUCAGAGCAAUCUCGGUGGAGGACCCAGGAGAGUUGAGCACCUCGAACAAGAUCGAGCAGAGCUUCUGAGAAAGCUAGAUGAACUGAAAGACCAACUCAAUAGAUCUUGCAAUAUAGUGGAGAAACCAAAAGAAGGGGUACCUGUGGAUAGGAGAACGGUUCCUCCUCCUCCUCCUCCUCCUCCUCCUCCUCUUCCUCGGGAUCCUCAUGGUGGUCAUGGUGCUUGGCUUCCAGAGGGCCUUGGGGGACCAAGUAGAGUUUCCAUGCCAUCUUUUGCCCCAGAUAAACAUGUCCCCAGGCGGCCUUAUUUUAGUCAGGGCCAUGAAUCGAUUCCUCUGGUGAAUAGGCAUCAUGUAGAUAUGCAGCAGAACUACCAUCCUCCAUUGCACACCCCAAAUGAGAUUCCAGGUUAUGGUGAACCAUUCGGUCCCCAGAUGCUCAGGAGAGCUCCUCAUCAACCUCCCCGUCAGUACUCUCAACGGCCAUCUCAAGAAUACUUCUCUGGACACUAUAUGGAUAUUGAUUCGGAUCCCUCGGCACUGUAUCCACAUAAUUCCUUCUUUGAUCAGGCUACAUGCUCUUGCUUACAUUGCUACAACAAACAAUGGCAAAUUCCUGGCCAAAUCCCCCCUCCUCCUGUGUAUUGUAAUAGGAGGUACUCAGAUGUUCCAACCAGCUCCAUGUUCACUCAUCUUGAAACUUCUGUUCCAUUUGGUUCACGGGGUUACAAUCCUAGAUCGUUCAAUCUACCUGUGUAUUCUCGUGAAUCACAUAACCAUGCAAGAAGACCAAGUCUACUUGAUUCUGAUAUUGGCUGUUUUAGUCAUGGCCGUCCCCAAAGGGUGGUGAUAGCAAAUAGGAAUGGACGCCGUUGCCAUCCAGUAGCUGGUGGUGCACCAUUUAUAACAUGCCAUAGUUGCUUUGAGUUGCUGCAAGUACCUAAGAAACUUCUUUUGCGGGAGAGCAAUGAAUGGAAAGUGCGGUGUGGUGCCUGCUCAACUGUAAUUCCAAUUGUUGUUGAGAACAAGAGGCUGCUUGUUUCUGUUCCGGAUGAAUCCAAAAAAACUCCUUUGGAGCUCCCUGGUGGCUCUAAUGAGGUAACGAACGGUCUUUCUCAUCGUAAUGGUCACACAAACGAGGCUAGCAUGAACUACUCUGGUGACUAUGAUAAUUCUGAUUACUUUAAGUUUACAGACGCUGAGCAUCCUUUGUUGGCAGAAGACCAUGGAUUGAACUUAAGUGAGUCCGUGAAGGUGAAUAGCUUGCUUUCUUCAUCUUCUAGUCCCUCUGAGGAUGAGGAGAGCCCAGAUAGUGUGAUUACCAGGAGAGAGAUGUCCAACACGGCAAAGCUGCCCCUGCGAGCAAAUGCGACUCCUCUACUUCCAGGAUCACCCCUCUGUGGGCAACCUGAUCAUGUGGUGACCAAAUUGGAAAGGGGAAGCAGGAGUAAACGUUUGGAUCAGGAGAAGGUGGUUCUGAAUAAGGUUACCUUCAGACAAGAUUCUUUGAAAGAUGCAUCAGUAGCGACUGAGAUGGAGGUUUCAUUCAAUGAAUAUUCAAAUACUGGAAUGUCUCAGGAUUCUGGGGAGGCAAGCAAAGAGGAAUAUCAACCAAGGGUCAGCAAGGGGGGUGAAUCAUUCUUUGCUGGCAUCAAGAAGAGCUUUAGGGACUUCUCUAGAUCUAAUCAAACAGUAGAGAAUGGAAAAGCUAAUGUUUCUAUUAAUGGACAUCCUAUUCCAGAUCGUUUGGUCAGGAAGGCUGAAAAGCUAGCUGGACCAAUUCAUCCGGGACAAUACUGGUAUGAUUUCCGAGCUGGAUUUUGGGGUGUGAUCGGUCAGCCUUGUCUUGGCAUAAUACCACCAUUUAUUGAAGAAUUCAACCAUCCAAUGCCCAAAAACUGUGCUGGUGGCAAUACUGGAGUUUUUGUGAAUGGGAGAGAGCUUCAUCAAACAGAUUUGGAUUUACUUGCUGGCAGAGGACUCCCAACUACUACGGAUAAAUCAUAUAUUGUUGAGAUUUCUGGGAAAGUUGUGGAUGAGCAUUCUGGAGAAGAGCUUGAUGGCCUUGGAAAACUUGCCCCAACAGUUGAGAAGGUGAAGCACGGAUUUGGCAUGUGGGUUCCAAGAGUGGCAAUGUAGAUACUUCGUGGGUUGCAUAAAGGCUUUAGCUAUCAUUAACACGAGGAAGAAUUUGAAGCUGAUCUGUCUUUUGGAAGUAGGUUCAAAGUAUAGAGAUGUUUUCACUUUUCAUUCAAAGGGGGAAUUAUUUAUGUUUGAAUACUGGUCAAGAUGUAAAUCUGAUACCAUUUUCUGCUUCUAAUUGGUUCUCUUGUUUCUUUCA